AUGGCCACCUACUUCCAGUCCUUCCUCAGCUCCAGCAUGCCUAAGCGGCUGCUGCGAUACAGCUUGGCAAAGCUGGAUUUCUUCGAUACCGAUGACUUGGACUUAGAUAGCUUCGACCUUACCUGGGGCAAGAACAGCCAGGUGACGCUACAGGAUGUUGGCAUCAAGAUACAGAAGCUUGAAGAGCUGCUGCAACUCCCGCCGUCGAUCGAGAUCCUCAAAGCAAAAGCCCUAGUGCUCCGCGUGAAUGUCCCUUCCGCCAUCUAUACGAGUCCAAUCACUGUCGAAGCCGACGGCGUCGAGAUAAGGCUGAGGGUUGACUCGCAGGAGGGUCCUAAGGCGACGCGGAAAGGGACCUCUAGACGGAAAGGCACCAGACGUGCAGGCAAGGAGGAACCGGUGCCCGAUACUAUCGAUCUAGCCCAAUCGUUCCUGGAAACACAGCCGCCCAAGGAGAAAGCAGAGCUUGAGGCUGCUCUGAACGCAGAGAAGCACGACCUAGCCGCCUCUCUUUCGAAUAGUGAGGAUGAGAGCGAGGGGGAAUCCCCUUUGGGAACUGGGCAAGCACUGUCACUACCCGGCUUUCUUGCAGACUUCUUGAAUGGGAUCACCGACCGACUACAAGUUGCUGUGAAGGGCGUUACGUGUCAACUAGACGUCGAAAUGCCGGUCGAACCUAACUUAACGGUCAACGAGCUGGUCACGUUUCAGAUCGCCAUCGAUGAGAUCAUUGCGGAGGGUGUGACAAUGGACAGAGCCGAGACGACGGCAGAGGUACCGCCCAGGAUAAUACACAAGGAAGGGAAGCGAUAUGUCGAGCUGAGCAAGAUCCGCGCAUGCUUGAUAUCCGAGGCCAAUGUUUUUUCUGCACUGUCGCGGACUCCGUCUAUGCCCUCGUCUGUUGGGACUAGCUCACCAGCUAUGACAAGCCGUCAACCUGUCUCUAGAGAAUCCACUUCCGCGUCGGUGUCAUCGAUGCCUCCGCUUGGAGGAAGUCUGGCUGAUUCGACUGGUCUCGAGCAGAGUCACUAUCAUCACCCGUUGAUGGACAGUGAGGAUGCCUUCGAUAUCCCAUACGAUCUGAGCGGCUCGAGCGAGGAUACCGAAGAUCACGAGGCGGAUGAUUUGCGAUCUACACCAUCGACGCCGCGAGCUCUUGUACCUCAGGCACCCCCUCGCAACGUUCCAAGGGGUGAUUCUUAUAUGCAAAUAGCCCAAUCGGCCAUUGGGGCCCAGCAAGACCGAUGGGCGGCUCCAUUAAAUCAAACCGCACGAUCCGAACCAAUGCUCGAGCAACCCGGCCGGUGGAUGGAGUCUUCCAUGGAGUCGCAAAGGGACCAUGCGAAUCCACCACCAGCUCUAGGCGGAAGUGACGAGCCUUUACCCUCGCCGUCACCUAGCGAGGAACUCGCGCAAUCAACUCUCUUCAGUCAUGAAGAGGCUGAGAGUAUGUAUAUGAGCGCCUUUUCGCAGGCUGAACCGUCUGAGGCGCACCAUGCUAUGCCGGGGGCUUGGGAUUCAGAGCCUUCGAGCACCGAAAGUUCACCUAACUCGAAAAUCAAGUCAAAAAGCACGAGAUUGCUGGAAGACCCUACUAAAAGUGAACAACGGCUCUGGGCUGCUGAGCAGCGGAGUCAUGUGCAGGAGGAAGCUCCCGUCGUGGAUAACCUCGAAGAAGCAGUACACCAACACAGCGACCUCCCUCAAGAUGUCUCAGAUUCGGCCUCUGAGCAUGUCAACCCAUCACGUUACGAGCCCGUUGCUGCAGCAGGUGAAACAGCAGCGGACGAGGUCGCAACACCGAAAGGACCAACUCGACUGGUCAAGGAACUUGUGUCAUUGGAUACCAUAGCUUUAUACAUGCCAUCGACGUCGAAAGAGCAGCAACCUGCAUCUUCCUCAUGGAGGAAUCAAGACCUGGGAUCUGCGGCUUCUCCUGGCUCAAUGUCUCGCUCGGUUGCACCCACCAUUCCAGGGGCCUUCUCUGUUUAUGAAAGCAUCCAACCUACAGCAUCUGUAGCCGAACCUCCUAGGUUGCAAGCUUCAGAGACGCCGCUGGGCAAGUCCUUUGAGGUGAUGCUGUCACCCCUAGAGAUGCACGUCGACCUUUCGACUGGGUUUUUGUUAGGUAUGGUUGUGUCGCGAAUACUUGCGGCCUUAAAGCAACAAUCUGGAAAGCCAACCCCAGAGAAGGCGGCAGCCAAGAGCGGCUCAUCAUCUCUACCUGACGUCAAAAUCGCCGCUGAUCAGAUUUCCAUACAUUUCCUUGAAACCUUGUCCGGUAUCGCGGACACGCCUGAGAGAAUCUUCAAUGCGGGGCCAGCAACCUUCGGUGCCGAAGCGCUUCUCACGGCGACCCUUCAAAAUCUAAAGAUAGGCUUGUCGAUGUCAAAUUCCUCGACUGUGACAUCGGUUGACCUUGGCAAGUUCAAACUUAGAUAUGGGAAUGAUGAUAUCCUUGCGUUCGACCAGCGCAUACAGAUGAGAGGCUCUGUCAGAGACGCUUUCCCUUCUACCGGUUCGGAUGUGUCACUGACCAUCACUCAAUCACCUGAAUCGACGAAAUGUGAGGUUAAGACAUUACCUCUUCAUGUAAAGAUAGACCUCCAAAGGCUAGAUGAGACAUUUAGCUGGUUUGGUGGACUCAGCAGCUUCUUGAACAUGAGCUCCUCGAUGACGUCGAACACCUCGCCGCCGCCGCGAAGCCCGACAAAAGCACCACGGAAAAGUCGCGGUGUGAGGUUCGAUGCGCCCAUACGGCCCGAUGACACAUCCGCAAACUCAGACAAUAAAGUCAACAUGAGGAUUGGUGGCCUCCGGCUUGACCUCAUUGGCAGAGAUUGUAGCGUUUCCUUGGACACGAGUGCAGUGAAGCUAGUGAGCAGAGAGGAAGGAGUUGGUGUUGGUAUAUCCAAGGUCCAUAUCGCAGGACCCCAUUUGAGACGAUUUAUGGGAGAUCCACCGAUCAAUGCCGUGAUAACAAACACCCGCGUUGAGUAUCUGAUAACGCCGAAAGAUAACGACCUGGAAAGACUAUUGGAACUCAUCAUUCCAUCCAAGCAUAAAUUCGACCAGAAUGAUGAUGAGAUUAUGGUUGAUACCCUGCUUCGUCAGAGGAGGAAGGGUUCCGUUUUGCGAGUCAACGCCGAUGAUUUCGAGGUCAAAGUUGCAAAGAUUCAGCAGCUUCAAGUCUUACCCGUCCUUGGUGAAGAGGUUGCUCGACUAGCGACUGUAGCCAAGUACCUCCCCGAAGACGAUCGCCCAGGUCUUCUUGUGCUGGCGCAUGUCCGCAAUGUAGAUGUUACGGUCGAUGUUGGCGGGAAAUUCGGCUCUGUACAAGCUGCUCUGAAAGACUUCGAGCUGGGCCAAAUCACUAUUCCGUCUUUGGCUGCGCUUGGAGUCGGCACCGUCUCAGUGCGGCGCAACCACAGCGAAGAGCUGGUACACUCUGUUAUCCCCCCUUUGGAGAAAAUUGGUCACGGGCCUAUCUUGACUAUGCGGAUAAUUGGCGAUGAGAUGGAACCCGUUGUCAAGCUCAGAAUGCGGCAUAUGAACAUCGAGUAUCGCGUACCAACUAUCAUGGAUAUCCUUGGCCUCGCGGAGGAUGCAACACCGCAAGACUUUGAGGCGACUCUGGCAGCAUCUGUCGCAAAUCUGGGAGAACACGCUCAUAUGACGCUUACGGGGAAGCAGACCACCUCGGCCGCGAGGUCCGACAAAGGCAAAGGAGAAGAUGCCAAGCCUACGAAGGUCGACAUCAUUCUCCGAGACUGUUUGCUGGGCCUGAAUCCUCUCGGAUUGACUUCCAAGAUGUUGAUUGCGCUGACGGAUUGCCACGUUGAAAUAUCUCUGUCUACUGGAGACGACGCGAAGGCUGUUGGAAACCUCAAUAAGGCAUCUAUACUUCUUAUCGACGAUGUUUCAGUAUCAGAGUCCAAAGACACAUCUAGGACAAGGCGAAGGACAUCGAACACUUCCACCCCACAAAUCGUCGAGCUAUGUCAACAGGGGUACGUCGACAUUUGCUACCUUUCUUCUGCAAAAGUCGUGAUUCAGACUGGUGUCAAUCAAGGGGAUGGGGGAAAAUGGGUCGAUGUUGAGCUGCGUGAUGAUCUUCUUGUCCUUGAGACCUGUGCAGAUUCAACACAGACACUCAUAGCACUCGCCAACGCACUUGCCCCUCCGACGCCGCCCAGCAAAGAGAUCAAGUACAGGACCAAGGUUGUCCCUGUUCAAGACCUGCUUGCUUCUAUAUCUGCGGACGCAUUCGGCCAGACCGAAGGUGAUUACAACUUCGACAAUGACUUCGGCCUCGCGCAGGAACUCGGUGGCGAGGAUGAUGACAGCAUCUAUCUUGGGGAGUCCGGACAGUCGAGCCCUCUUGCCUUUGACUCGCAGUUCUACGAUGACCCUUCUGUCCAGGACCAACUUAUAGACCCCGCAGAUUCCAUGAUGUCAGAGAGGACCACAGCUGAAGACACCAAUGACGGUGUUCUGCUCACUAACUUCAACAGCCAGCCCGAUCUGCUCGACGAAGAGGAUCUCGUCAUCCAUGAGAACUAUUUCGGUUCCGGAUCUGUGGUACAAGGCACAGCACAUCGUUGGAACUCGGUUAAGAACAAGUACGAUGAGUCCAAUAAUGCCAAGGUUCAGCGAAGCCCCAUUGCAGUACGUGUUCGCGAUGUUCACUUCAUCUGGAACCUCUUCGAUGGUUACGACUGGGAUCAUACUCGAGAUGUGAUCUCAAAGGCCGUCUACGAUAUUGAGACAACAGCCACCGAGCGGCUGUCCCGCCACGAUCGUGCUCGCACAAGUACCGACAUGGAAGUCGUUGAGGAGGAGACUGUCAUCGGAGACUUUCUCUUCAAUUCGAUCUACAUCGGCAUCCCUGCGAAUCGGGAUCCUCGGGAGCUUGCACAGGCCAUCAAUCAAGAGUUGAAUGACAAUGCCACAGAGACCGAGUCUAUAGCCACUACAGCGAUGACUGCCACGCCGAGUCGACAAGGGGGCGCCUAUCGAACGAAGAAGAAGCUCAGGCUAAACCGCAGCAAGCGCCAUAAGAUCACCUUCGAGCUGAAAGGCAUCAACGUCGACUUGGUCACGUUCCCUCCAGGUUCUGGGGAGACGCAGAGUUCAGUCGAUGUCCGUGUCCGGGACCUGGACGUAUUUGACCACGUUCCAACGUCGACAUGGAAGAAGUUCGCGACCUAUGACCAGGAUGCGGGCGAGCGAGAAAUGGGGACCAGCAUGGCGCAUCUGGAGAUCUUGAAUGUCAAGCCUGUGGCGGAACUGGCGGCAUCUGAGAUCGUGCUAAAGGUGACGCUGCUGCCUCUUCGGCUGCAUGUGGACCAAGACGCUCUGGACUUCAUAACCCGGUUUUUCGAAUUCAAGAAUGAUUCUGCGCCGACUCAUGCCUCGCCCAGCGACAUUCCAUUCAUCCAAAGAGCCGAGGUCAACUCGGUACCUGUCAAGCUCGACUUCAAACCGAAGCGGGUCGACUACGCUGGCCUCCGAUCAGGUCACACCACCGAGUUUAUGAACUUUCUAGUCCUCGACCAGGCACGGAUGACCAUGAGGCAUACCAUAAUCUAUGGUGUCUCCGGCUUCGACCGACUCGGCCAGACGCUGAACGAUAUCUGGAUGCCUGACGUCAAGAGAAACCAGCUUCCUGGGGUUCUUGCUGGUCUUGCCCCCGUUCGCUCCCUGGUCACUGUCGGCAGUGGAUUCAAAGACCUGGUGGAGAUACCUAUCAAGGAGUACAAGAAAGAUGGGAGGAUCGUGCGCAGCAUAGGCAAGGGUGCUGCUGCGUUUGCGAAAACGACUGGCACAGAGAUAGUCAAGCUUGGUGCCAAGCUAGCUGUUGGGACACAGUACGCACUUCAAGGUGCUGAGGGCAUCCUAGUCAAGCAGCCUGAGGCCCGCGAGGCCGUCGGGUGGGACUAUGAAGAUCUGGAUACGGAGGAGACGAAGCAGAUCAGCCUAUACGCUGAUCAGCCCACGGGUGUCGUCCAGGGCCUCAGAGGGGCAUACGCAAGCCUUGCCCGCGACCUGAACGUGGCAAGGGACGCCAUCAUUGCUGUACCUGGCGAGGUGAUGAACAGUCAGAGCGCACAAGGAGCCGCCAAAGCCGUCCUCAAACGGGCACCUACCAUCAUCUUCAGGCCCCUCAUUGGCUCGAGCAAGGCCAUCGGACAGACGCUCAUGGGGGCCACAAACUCGCUGGACCCACAGAACCGGCGGCGGAUGGACGAGCCGUUCGCAGAACGAGGACUAAGCGAUGAAGACAAGCAAGAGAUGAAAGCGCAGGCCCACGACAAAUUUGUCUCUUGCGGUGGCGAUGGAAGGGGCAUGCAGAUUAAGACACAAGCCAGCCCCACCCUCCCCGAGUCCUGCGAUGCCGAAAAAGCGUGGAAUGUCCUUCAAGCCACAGGGCAGUGGGCGAAGACGUUGGGUCUCGGCGACAGCGACACCAUACCUGAUUUCGUCCAGAAGGCCUUAAAAUGGGAUGACUUUUCUUACAACCGGGAAGGAAAUGCUGUCUUGGGCGAGGAGGGCAUUCCCCUCAAAGUCGAGGUCAAGCCUAUGGCAAAGCGGUAUAAGGACGAAAAAGACACGCCGGGGAUGUACGUUUUCCUCGGAGAACACGUCAGAAUCGGGGUCAUGAACCCAGUGACAUUAGGAACAUCCCAGCCAACGCCAUUCAACGUUGCGUUCGAAUCGGCCAAGGAGCUGUUCAAGAUUUGCACCUACGACAAUGAGAAGGUGGGACAAUUCAGCGCGGCGCAGGACAAUGGACCCUUCAGCGUGCAGAUUGGAACCUUCUAG